UUCCUCGCCGCAGACCCCCGCUCCCCCACCGCGCACCACCCUCUGCCGACCACCACCUCCCUCGCGGCGAACCAGAGCGCCACCGCCGCAGCACCGCAGCAGCCCGGGCACCCGCAUCCAGAGCCCAAAAUGGCGCUCAACAGCGCUGGCGGGUCGACCUCGGUCGCCCGCGUGUACGCCGAUGUCAACGCCAACAUGCCCCGCGCCUACUGGGACUACGACAGCGUCAACAUCUCGUGGGGCGUGCUCGAGAACUACGAGGUUGUGCGCAAGAUCGGGCGCGGCAAGUACUCGGAGGUCUUCGAGGGCAUUAACAUUGUCAACUACCAGAAGUGCGUGAUCAAGGUGCUCAAGCCGGUCAAGAAGAAGAAGAUAAAGCGCGAGAUCAAGAUCCUACAGAACCUCUCUGGCGGGCCCAACAUUGUCUCGCUGCUGGACGUGGUGCGCGACAACCAGGUUAGUGACGGCUCCGACUGGGUUGGCGAUUGGAGCAAGACCCCCUCAUUGAUAUUCGAAUAUGUCAACAACACCGACUUCCGCAGCCUAUACCCCAAGUUCACCGACUACGAUGUGCGCUUCUACAUUGUCGAGCUUCUCAAGGCGCUCGACUACUGCCACAGCAAGGGCAUCAUGCAUCGCGACGUGAAACCACACAACGUUAUGAUCGACCACGAAAAGCGGAAGCUCCGUUUGAUUGACUGGGGUCUCGCCGAAUUCUACCACGCGGGCACAGAGUACAACGUCCGCGUCGCCUCCCGAUACUUCAAGGGCCCCGAGCUGCUCGUCGACUACCAGGAGUACGACUACUCGCUGGACAUGUGGUCGCUGGGCGCCAUGUUCGCGUCGAUGAUCUUCCGCCGCGAGCCCUUUUUCCACGGCAACAGCAAUUCCGACCAACUCGUCAAGAUCGCAAAGGUGCUCGGCACCGAGGACCUGUUCGACUACCUCGACAAGUACGACAUUGAGCUUGACGCACAGUACGACGAUAUUCUGAGCAGGUAUCCGAAGAAGCCGUGGCACUCAUUUAUCAAUGCCGACAAUCAGCGGUUCGUCAGCAACGAUGCUAUUGACUUUCUCGAUAAGCUGCUGCGAUACGACCACCAGGAACGGCUCACCGCCAAAGAGGCCAUGGCGCACGCGUACUUUGCGCCGGUGCGGCAAGCGGCGGCGCAGAACCACAGCGCGAGCUCGUCACAUUCAUGAAUCGAAAGAAAGAUACCCAUUUCUCGGUAGUUUAAUAAUAUCACGAGUUAUGCAGGAAGGCCAGGAUACGAUGGGAUAGAGUUUGGGGGCUGGGCUGUGCCGAGUGGCCUGGGUGGGUUGUCGGACAGGCAGGCAGGCAGGCAGGCAGAUCAUUCGAAUUGAGUUAUGUGAAAUGAUGAGGUGUGCAGUGUUGGUGAGGUGUGCAUUGUGUUGUAAGAAGGGAAGGUGGGGGUUGUGUUGCAUUUUGGGCGUCGAGGGCCUCAAUUGCGAGUGAAGUGAAUUGAAUUGAAUUGAGAGC